AUGACGAUUGAGGGGGACCUUACAGACGAUGGCAGUGCUCUUUCGCCAUGCAGCCCCGUGACUCACUCCCGGCAACCAGCCACAUCUGGCAUCGGUUCUACCGCAUUCCGGGCCUGGAACUAUGUGAUUGCUGGCCCUGGGACGACAUGUUCUGUUUCGUUCCGGUGGUGGUGGUGGUGGCUGGCUGUCUGGCUGCCGUGCCCAGGGCCUUCACGUGAUGAGACUGAGCCGUGUUUUGGACGCCAGAAGUUUGCAGUGUUUGUUGGAAAGGGUACCCCUCAUGCAGGCAGUUCAGGACCAAUGGGGAAAGGCGCCCAUGGCGUGUGUAAGAAUCGUGGGUUCUCCGCCUUACGGGGUAAUAGCCAAUACGGUACGGUCCCAACCCACCUGCCUGGAUGGGUGGACGUGGGAGUUGGACGUGGGAGAAGAGACACGGAACCUUACCCGACUGCGUCAUGUUAUGACGGUCAUGCCUGGCCGCAUCCCCCACUAGUAGCCAAUGAUCACUGGAGCCCCGUCAUGUGGUGGCCCUGGAACCUUAUGGGAAGGAACGACGGGGGUCAGCCUACCCAUGGAGAUGUCAUCCAUGCUCCUGACCUGAUCCGGUUCCCCUCCCCCUCCCUCUUUCUCUUCUCUCUUCUUCCCUUUGCUAUUCUGUCGCCAGAACAACUUCUACUUUACUUCAACCACUUCCCGGUUGUCUGUUACCUCAAAUCUAGACGCUGCUUCCGACCUGUCGUGUUUACACACCCACCCUCCGGCGUGUCCACGGAUCUCCGCUCCAGAUACGCUGUUCUCUCCGUUCAUCCGGCACGGCCGUUAACACAACUCCACGGGAUUCCUCCGGCAGUGAAUCCAUACUACCCUUGCGAGUGUCGUUGCCGGUCGACCACACCGUCAGAACCUCCGUUCUCAGCCCGGUCCAAGGCUUCGGACGAUUUGUUUCGCCAGCAGAGCCGGUCCUUAGGUGACACCAGCCCCUUUCCAGAAGAUCCCAGUCGAGCCACUUUGGAGCAUGAUCUCGGUGGAAAGACCAAGAAAAAGGGGAAAACCGGAACCAAGGGGAAGAAUAAAGCAGCCAAAGCAAUCCCGAAGUCUACACCUGACGACCUUCUAGAAGCAGAAGCACCGUCACCGUCACCGCCUCUGCAGGCUGAACCAUCGUCCUGCCCCAAUCCAACACUGGAGCCGCCACCUAGCAACAAUAUCGUGUCACCGGUACUUGAUGCCCUUGGCACUCUGGGGGACUCUCCGGAGAAUGACAUUGCUUACCGCACCGGUACUUGGGCCAAGUCCAUCCCGUAUGGCAAAAGUCCUCCGAAUGAUGCCGUUGAUGGCGAGUUCAACAGUGGGUCUCCCUUCGGUUUCCUCACCAGUCAAGACAAAGGCGGAUUCAGCCACCCCUCUUCGACGUCUCCCCCUCCGGGAGCAAGGCCCUUGAGCUAUGGGCGGGGUUACGCAACCAGCAGUGUGUCUAGACAGCACUCCGUGGACCGACAAAAGAGCAACUCCGUCAGUAGCCCAUUUAACAACCAGGCACCCCUACCGCAUCUGCCGCAGGCCCAUUUCUAUGGCGCGCCAGAUAUCGAUUUGCCUCUGUUCUCUGGCCAGAAUAGGGCCGCAACCGACGGUAGUUAUUCAUUCUGUGCGUUCGAUACGAUCAUAAGCCCGCCAUCCAAAGCCUCCAGGAUGGGAAGUAGCGUUCUCCUGGUCGGCACGGAUGGCGGCUUGGAUAUUCUUGCCAUUGAAGAUCGAAAAACGCGCCCUGUAGGGAAGUUGGCAGGUCUCAAUGGCCGCGUAAUUGAAGCGAAGUUGCUGAGCAACACUUCAACUAAUGACACGUCUAUACAUUCCCGACCUCAUAUCGCUGUCAUCAUUCACGGCCCCACUGCUCAACCAGAUGAUGAGGGCCAUGCAUCCUCCAAUAGCUCGGAAGCAAAUGAUAUUCCCACUGGAAGACAGUGUAUUCUUUAA